CCAGCAAGAUGGAUGGCCCCAACAAUGUCUCACUCAUUCAUGGUGACGACACACUGGGCCUGCCAGAGUACAAGGUGGUCUCAGUCUUCCUGGUGCUCCUGGUGUGCACCACGGGCAUCGUAGGCAAUGCCAUGGUGAUCCUGGUGGUGCUGACCUCCCGUGACAUGCACACACCCACCAACUGCUACCUGGUCAGCCUGGCUCUAGCGGAUCUCAUUGUGCUGCUGGCUGCAGGGCUGCCCAAUGUCUCUGACAGCCUGGUGGGGCACUGGAUCUAUGGACACGCUGGCUGCUUGGGCAUCACCUACUUCCAGUACCUAGGCAUCAAUGUCUCCUCCUGCUCCAUCCUGGCCUUCACUGUGGAGAGGUACAUCGCCAUUUGCCACCCAAUGAGAGCACAGACCGUGUGCACCGUGGCCCGGGCCAAACGGAUCAUCUCAGGCAUCUGGGGGGUCACGUCCCUCUACUGCUUACUCUGGUUCUUCCUGGUGGACCUCAAUGUUCGUGACAACCAGCGCCUAGAAUGUGGCUACAAGGUGUCCCGAGGCCUCUACCUGCCCAUCUACCUGCUGGACUUCGCUGUCUUCUUCAUCGCACCCUUGCUGGGGACCCUCGUGCUCUAUGGGUUCAUCGGGAGGAUCUUAUUUCAGAGCCCCUUGUCCCAGGAGGCCUGGCAGAAGGAGAGGCAGCCCCACGGGCAGAGCGAGGGUGCAUCAGCCAACUGCUCCAGGUCCAACAGCUCCACAUCCUCCAGGAAGCAGGCCACCAGGAUGCUGGCGGUGGUCGUGUUGCUUUUUGCAGUGCUGUGGACCCCCUACCGCACACUGGUGCUGCUCAACUCCUUCCUGGCCCAGCCUUUCUUGGACCCCUGGGUCCUGCUGUUCUGCCGUACUUGUGUCUACACCAACAGCGCUGUGAACCCUGUCAUCUACAGCCUUAUGUCACAGAAGUUCCGGGCGGCCUUCCUGAAACUGUGCUGGUGCAGGGCAGCUGGGCCACAGAGACGUGCAGCGUGCAUCCCCACCAGUAACUACAGUGCGGUCCAGGAGACCUCGAUAGGAACUGAGAAGAUGCAGCUGGGCUCCAGUGAGGUCACAGGUCCCAUAGCAGCUGGUUCCCUGCAUUGCCAGCAAAAGCCCCACUUCAGUGUGCCCUGA